GGAUAAAUGUGUGAAUUAAUUGUUAGGACUCUUCUCUCGCUUUUAUAGUCAAAAGAAACAUGGAAGAUACACGCAAAACAUAUUCAACGCCUCUGUGACGUUUCCUUUGUUUGACGCCCGCUACCUCGUGACGUAUUUUAUUGGCGCCUGUAGGCAGUUUCCAGCGCCUCAUACGUAAUGACGUCAUUCGCCAGCGCACGGAUACGUAGUGACCUUCUCGCGCAGCCCGGCGACAGCCGUCAGUGCGCUGAGGCGAGUUCUGUCAAGCCGCUGUGAGGAGUCGAACCCGGGACUCAUCGGGACGACCGACAUGGGUGACGUGGAAAAGGGCAAGAAGGUGUUCGUCCAGAAGUGUGCGCAGUGCCACACGGUGGAGAACGGCGGCAAGCACAAGGUGGGGCCCAACCUGUGGGGUCUGUUCGGUCGCAAGACGGGUCAGGCGGAAGGCUUCUCCUACACAGACGCCAACAAGAGCAAAGGCAUCGUGUGGAGCGAAGACACUCUCAUGGAGUACCUGGAGAACCCUAAGAAAUACAUUCCAGGGACCAAGAUGAUCUUCGCCGGCAUCAAGAAGAAGGGCGAACGUGCUGACCUCAUAGCAUAUCUGAAGUCGGCGACAUCGUCGUAGGAUUGAGCGCCUGCUCGCCACUGACUCUGUGUCUCUGCUUUCUGAACCUUUUACCUGAAAUAAAGCACGCAGUGAAACCCAAAGCAAUUAA